AUGGACAGAAGUGUGAAUUACUACUAUGUGCUACUUCUUCUACUUGGUCAUUUCCUUUGUUCAGGUUCAAGUAGGACACACAAGGAAGCACAGGGACAUGUGAAUGUACUAAGUCAUGAUAAAGAAAAACAACUAGAAUUUACAGCCUCAAAGUCCACCUCUCAAAGGGACAUCACCACACCAAUCACUACAAUUCCCAACUUAGUUCCCAUCUCUUCAACAUCUCCAAUCCUGAAUCCUAAUUCCAACCCUGAUACAGUGUCUCCAGCCUCCACACUCCCAAUCACCACUCCUACCACACCAAAUAACUCCCCAAUUUAUUCCUCAGGUGCAAGCUGGUGCACUGCAAGUCCUACUGCCUCACAGAGAGCCUUGCAAGUUGCAUUGGACUAUGCUUGUGGAUAUGGUGCCACUGAUUGUUCUGCAAUUCAACCUGGUGGAAGCUGUUACUUUCCAAACUCUGUAAAAGAUCAUGCUUCUUAUGCCUUCAAUAAGUAUUAUCAGAAGAACCCUGUUCCUAAUAGCUGCAAUUUUGGUGGAGUUGCUGUCAUCACUAGCACUAAUCCAAGUAGUGAAACAUGUCAAUAUGCAUCCACUAGUAUCAGUUCAUCAGUGUUGAACACAACAAACACAAGUGGUGCAAAUGUUUUUGGUUCAGUACCUGUGCCCAAGAACCCCUCUGGCUCAGCUGCUUCAGCUGCCACAUCAGCUACAUUUGUACAGUUUUGCCUCAUUCUAUGGCCAUUAUUAGCAAUUUUGGAAAAGCAGUUAUCUUGA